AAUGAUAUUAGUCAUUUGCCGAGGUAUGAAGCGGUUCAAAUGUUCCUUCAAGCUAAAGAAACCAUAGUAGUCGAAUUGUGCCGGCAGAAGCAAAAUGCCUUAGAUAUAGAAAUAAAUAUAGACAUCAACAACGAACCAACUCGCCUGCAAAAUAGAGUUGAUCAAAGCGAAAUUGCAACUUCCGCAACAGCUGAAAAGAUAAAUAUAUCAAAUGAUGCGGAAGUAGAGCUGUCAACAACAUCACCGACAACCAGUGCCUCGCCAAAUGUAAAGUCCACCAGCCCCAGCCCUCCAUUAGCACCAGUAUCGCAACAAUCCUCCAGGAACAACAAUCAAGUCAUUUUAACUCUACGUGCAUUAAAUAGCGAAGAAUCUGUAGUUCCACCUGUCGAAGUUGUCUCGGCCGUUUCCGUGUCGAAGGAAACUCAAACAUCAGCUGAAAACCUUAAAGAUCGGGAUAUAGUACGCACGAUAGCCGAUCGUUUCAUUGAGCAAGAACAUCAUUUGUUUGAACAAUGUCUGGAGCCGGAAAUUGAUAUUGAGGAAAUAACUCUAGUUAAGACAAUUGAUGACUCAACCACUGAAAAGUUAGGCAUUCAUGUUUGCUGCAAUGGAUAUCAGGCGUCAAAUAUCGACAUUAGCCGAGGGAACGUAAUAUCUGACGAAGCUGAUACUGAUGGCUGCGAAGAUGUAUUUGUUAGUGAUAUUGAGCCAGAAGGUAUAGCUCAACGCGAUGGACGCCUUAGGCGGGGUGAUCAAAUUCUGCGCAUUAAUGGCACGGACGUUAAAAGCAAGGAGGAAGUUGAAGCCCAGAUCGCAGGGAGUCCCUUUGCAGUGACGCUUCUUGAAGAGGACGAUGACGAUGACAUUGAGAGUAACUUUGAAUAUGCCAAUAGUUUUCUCCGUGAUGAUUACACAAACGUGGUCGAUAAAUUGGAUAAGGUCUUGCUGAGCCAAGUGCAGUCCAUAAAGACUCUUAAUAUAACAACCAAUGAAGUGGUCAGCAACGCCACAAAAAACUCGUCUCCAACAAUCCAGCCAAAUUCAGAUCUGAAUGUUAACGUUAAACCAUAUUUGCCAAAAGCUAUUUUGGAGGCUGAAAAAGCAUGCAGCAAGACAAAGUUUCGCACAGAUGACAACUUGGGUCAUGUAAAAGCGUUAAAUCAGUUUAUGAACAAAAGCAGUCAGUCUCAUCACCCUUAUGAGUAUGAUGAAAGCGAGCAUAUUUAUGAGACCAUUCCUGAGGAUUCGGAAUCAGAGCCGUUAUAUUGUUCACCGUAUCAAAGCUCUAACUACAUGACAGCAAUGGGCUCCUGCUCUUCAGCGACAGCCACAGCUGGAAUAGAAACUGAAGCCAUGGAUACGAAAAUGCAGCAACAAACUCAACGUGUUGCCCAGUGGCUGGGCCUAAAGUCACAGUGCCACGGCAGUUCCAGUCCCAGGACAAUGCACACUUUAGUAGGUCGUCCCGCGGUCCUAAAAACUGCCCAACAGCCUGCAUGCAGUCGUGUGUUCACACUACGUAGUACAAUAACAAAUACAAGUCGAUCCAGCAGCAGUGGAGCCGCACACAGUGCAUGUGGACCCAACAAUAUCGACGUCGGAGGCAACAUUACGCUAGGCGAUGAAAUUGACAACUCAUCAAGUGCCUACAACACUGGUGGGUCAAACAAUAGCGCUUCGCCCCAUCAGAAUCAGAUUUUAAAUGCUGGUGACGAAGCGCAAAUCUGUCCAAACCAAAAAAUGGCUGAGAAUCACGCCAUACUCUCACCAAAAGAAGCGAUUGUAACAACUACUGCGAGUAGUAUGUUAAUGUUACCAUUUGGUAGGUCUGGCCGCAUCGGCCUUUGCUCUUCCAAUUUUCCCUCGACGUGUCUCGGUGAAAGCCUACCCAAAGCAUGUAUCGAGGAAGAAAUCAAUCAGCCCAGGACUGAUCUUAAAUUAAUGCGUCUGAGGCCAGCUGAGGAGGUGCAAAGUCAUUGUCCCCAGUUUAAUGCUCCAAAUUUGAGCCGCUAUCACUUCGUUAGUAGUCAAGAGGUCGCAAACAAAAGCCACAUUGCUUCCAGUUCAAAACAGAGUUCAAUACUGAUAAGUGAAAAUGGUGAGGAGAUACCCAUGGUCUGGAAAGUGAAGCGUCGUCCUGAUGGAACACGAUACAUUGUAAAGCGGCCAGUACGUAAUCGGACGCACGUUGCUAUUCGAAAAAAUACGCGCAUUAAUGAGCUAACUACGACAGAGGAUGAUACAGUGUCGGAAGUCAAAAUUGGACGUUACUGGACGAAGGAGGAACGUAAACGACACAUUGAACGAGCUCGGGAACGGCGGCAUUAUCAGCAACAGCAACAGUAGCACCUACAAUCUUACAUUCAACAUAUACCAUAUAUGUAUUAACUGAACACUACACAGCUAAUACGAAAACGAGUAUGGCAUAAAAAAGGCGGAAAGAUAUUUUUUUGUGUAAUGUUUUUUUUUCGAAACGAUUGGUUUCAAACGAUAUUGCGUGAAUCUAUUAUAAGACAUCCUAUAAUGUGGACGUUAAUUGUUGUUUUCUUCAGGAAUUAAAUGAAGUUAAACAAAUGUAUUUUACCUUAAAGCUACAACGGCAAUAAGUUUA